AUGACGGACAGUACCAGUGCCAACAACAGUGCUUCAGUGCUUCAGUUGAUCGGAUUUCAGUUAAAAUCCCACCGUUUUGACCCAACGAUCCUGAAAUUUGGUUCCUCUUACAUAUCAGAAGUUAGGGACAUCAUUGUGUCACCACCAGCUACAGAGAGGUAUGUAAAAUUAAAGUCAGAGUUAAUUAAGAGACUUAGUGCAUCACAGCAACAAAAAAUUAAGAUACUACUUGAGCACGAAGAAUUAGGCGAUCGAAGACCUUCCCAAUUCUUACGACAUUUACAGUAUUUAGCAGGCACAACAGUACCAGAUAAUAUUGUAAGAUCUCUGUGGUUAGGUAGACUGCCAUCGUCUACACAGGCUAUCCUAGCUACUCAAGCUAUAGCUAGUUUGGACGCAGUUGCCGAGCUAGCUGACACAAUCUCCGAAGCUAUAACUCCUAGCGUCCAUAUUUCAGAAGCUUCCAACGCGCGCGAAAGUCUUCUUGAUGUGCCUAUCCACUGUAUGGCUCGUCCAUCGCGCGAAAGUACCAUCGAUAAAUUGACAGCCGAAUUAGCUGAAAUGAAAAUUCAGCUAGCUAGUUUGUCGCAGGCUCAAGCACAAACUAACACAUACCGUCGUAACCGCAGCAACUCAAGAGGCAGACCUUAUCCUAGAGACAGAAGCUACAGCAGGGAACGUAAUAGUGACAUUUGUUGGUAUCACUACCGUUUUGGUGACCAGGCUCAAAAGUGCUCUCCUCCGUGCAAGCAUCAUGGAAACAUCGCGGGCAGUCGGUAA